UCCCUCUCUCUUUUUAGCAGCAACAUAUAAGCCGGCCAUAUUAGAGAGAUGGAAAUAAAGCUUCCUUAAUGUUGUAUGUGUCUUUGAAGUACAUCUGUGCAUUUUUUUUUAGCAUCUAACCAUUCCUCCCUUGUAGCCCUCGGCCCCUCAAAACACCCUCUCCCAUAUCCCACCCGACUAACAUCUCAGUCUCUGAAAAUGCACAGAGAUGCCUGGCUACCUCGCCCUGCCUUCAGUCUCACGGGGCUCAGUCUCUUUUUCUCUUUGGUGCCUCCAGCGCGGAGCAUGGAGAUCACAGUACCUACCACCCUCAACGUCCUCAAUGGCUCUGACGCCCGCCUGCCCUGCACCUUCAACUCCUGCUACACGGUGAACCACAAACAGUUUUCCCUGAACUGGACCUACCAGGAGUGCAGCAACUGCUCUGAGGAGAUGUUCCUCCAGUUCCGCAUGAAGAUCAUCAACCUGAAGCUGGAGCGUUUCCGAGACCGCGUGGAGUUCUCGGGGAACCCCAGCAAGUACGAUGUGUCCGUGACGCUGAGGAGCGUGCAGCUCGAGGACGAGGGCAUCUACAACUGCUAUAUCAUGAACCCGCCCGACCGCCACCGGGGCCACGGCAGGAUCUACCUGCAGGUCCUCAUGGAAGAGCCCCCUGAGCGGGACUCCACGGUGGCGGUGAUCGUGGGCGCCUCCGUGGGCGGCUUCCUGGCGGUGGUCAUCUUGGUGCUGAUGGUAGUAAAGUGCGUGAGGAGGAAAAAAGAGCAGAAACUGAGCACGGAUGACCUGAAGACAGAGGAGGAGGGCAAGACAGACGGAGAGGGCAAUGCGGACGACGGCACCAAGUAACGCGGCGGUCCGGCCGCCCCUCCCUCGUGUCCUGUCUUCUUCCCCCUGCCCCGCACCGUGUGCCCUGCCUGCCCUCUCUUGGUGUGCUUCUCUUGAACCAGGCUCCCAGUGCCGACCCGGGGCCCCCCGAGCCCCUCUCUUCGCGUCCCCCACCCCGCACCAAGAGUGACCCACCUCUCUUUCAUUCGGGGGAAACCUGCCAUGGGGUGUGGGACACGUGGGCCCUGGGGGAGGGGGAAGUGGGCUCCGGACUGCCGGUCCCGGAGGGGAGGCAGGAAGCCUGUGAGGGUCCUGGAAAGAGAGGCGGGGAGGGUGGGCAGUGGCGGAGGGGGAGGUCAGCUGUCCAGCCUGCCCGGUUUGUGGACUGCCCGGUUUGGUGGGGCCUCAGGGAGGAUCGGCGGGUGGCAGAGGGGCUUUCCUGUGCUGCCUCGAGAAAGCCUGGGCGGUGGCAUCGCCGUGCUCCCCGGCUGCUCCAGGCCGGGUGGCCCAGUCAGGCUGGGGUGCCGAUGGGUCCUGUCACUUGGGUGGAGGCCACGUUGAAGGGAGGACCGUGCCUUUCCUGGGCACUGAAGGCAAGCAGGGGCUGGGGGCAGGUGGAGACGAGCCCCGGCCCAGGAAACUCUGCUCUUACCCCCUCUCCUUCCAGAGCUGCUACCAGGGAAGCCUCGGGGGUUUUCUGGCAGCUGCCAAUCCCUUGGGAGUUUUGGUGGGCAUUGUACGGAGAGUCACUGAGCUGGGCCAUGGGCGGGUUGUAGCGUCCCAGGUGGCGGUCAUUUCCCACCAUAGUUACCCACUAACAGGAGACAAAUUUCGAAGCCGGCUAAGGUCUGAAGGGGCAGGGGCUCCAUUGUGAAGUGGAGUUGGCCGCAGGCAGCCUUCUCCCACAGGCUGACCACCCUCACUCCUCCCAGGCCGGGAGCGGCCAAGGUGGGGGGCUAAGGAGGGGUGGGAGCCACGAUGGGGGAGCCAAUGUGCAGAGUG